CUGUUCCAGUGCCCAUCCCUAUCCCCAUCCCUGCUUCUAAUUCCCCAUCCUUGUCCCCAUCCCUCCCACUCUUUCUUCCACCCCAUCCCUGUCCUUGUUCCCUUCCCCAUCCUUGCACACAUCCCUCAUGCUUGCCCCAUCCCCACACCAAUUCCCCUUCCCAUCCCAUCACUCCCUACAAUCUCUUCCUCUCCUCUGUCCCCAGCCCUUUUCCCAUCCUUGCCCUUGUCCCCGUUCCCACCCCUGUCCCUGUUCCCCCGUCUCCGUUCUCUUCCUUCACCCUGUUCUUUCUUCUGCCACCCUCAGGUCCCGCCCGGGGCUUUCCCGGAAAACAGCGACGGAGUCAAAAAAUAAAACUCCGGACGUCACUGGCACGGCGUGAUUCGCCGCCGCCGCUGCAUCCCGAGCUGCAUCCCGAUGAGCCGCCGGACCCUCUCCGUUCUCGCCCUGCCUGUCGGGGUGUCCAUGGCGACCACCGCGGCGACCUUCCAGCUYYUCUGCCAGGGAAAUGAGCCCCACARUGAGAAAAAGGCCASUGAGACGGAGGAAAAGGCAACCAAGAGCAGCUGGUGGAGUCUGUCUCUCCCACAGAAAAGCACAAAGAAUGUCAAGCAGUGUGACCUGACUGGAUGGUGGAAGAACGAUCUGGGCUCCAGGAUGCAAGUGUUCAAGGUGGAAAAUGACGGCACCUUCUCUGGAGAGUACCACACCGCUGUGUCCAGUGCCAUGAAACCCAUCCAGCCAUCCCCACUGGUUGGCUCCCAGCACCUGGAUGAGGAUGGUCAGUGCACCUUCGGCUUCACUGUCAACUGGAAGAAGUUCUCAGACUCCACAGCUGUCUUCGUGGGUCAGUGCUUCAAUGGGGGCGAUGGGAAGGAGGUUCUGCACACCUCCUGGCUGCUGAGGGAGAAAGUGGACGCUGAGCCAAAUGACUGGAAAGCCACCAGGACUGGCCGCAACACCUUCACUCGAAUGGGCUGAAAGGAGGGAGAAGYAUCUCGUUCUAGCCAGGUUUGGAAGACAGGAGUCCCCUCAGCAGGAUCAGWGUGUAACAGCAAGCCCUGGUGUUAUCUGCUGGGAGAAGUUGUCUUAAAAAACACUAAAUAAAAUUAAAGAUAUUU